AUGGCUGCUUUUGAAGAUUUAGGAAUUAUUCCUGAAUUAGCUGAAGCUGUAACAAAUAAAGGAUGGAGUAUUCCAUCAGAUAUUCAAUGUGAGGGAAUACCAGCAAUUUUAGGUGGUGGUGACGUUUUGAUGGCUGCAGAGACUGGCUCAGGAAAAACAGGUGCUUUUUGUCUUCCAAUUCUCCAAAUUGUCUAUGAAACAUUGUCAGAGGAAUUAAAUCCAAAAAUUGAAAAAAAAAAUGAUGCGGAGGAGGAUAUUUGUAGGAUGAAUAGUUAUGAUAAAAGCGCUUCUAUGGAAAUUCAAUCAAAUGGAACUAAAUUGUUUAGUAAUAAUGAGAAAAUAUGGAGUGGGUGUAGGAGUUAUUGUGGUGUUAAACAAAAAGGAAAAUAUUUCUAUGAAGUGUACUGUGAAACAGGUACCCUUUUCCGUUUUGGAUGGGGCAUAAAAAGUGCUAAUCUUAAUCUUGGACAUGAUAAAGGUGGUUUUGGUUAUGGUGCUACAGCUAUGAAAAGUAAUAAUAAAGUUUUCGAUGAGUUUGGUGAGAAAUUUAAGGCUGGUGAUUAUAUUGGGUGUUACCUUAAUUUAGAUGGAAAAGAAAUCAGAUUUUCAAAAAAUGGAAAUGUAUUUCCGCCUGCUUUUAAAAUUCCAUCAAAUUUUGGAAAUGAAGCUUUUUAUCCAAUAAUUGCUUUAAAACAAUCUGGAUGUAUUGUUAAUUUAGGAAAAACUCGUUUUAAAUAUCCACCAACAUCAGAUUAUAAAAGUUUAUAUUCAUGUCCAGAAAAAUUUCUUGAAAGAUCACCACAUAAGGGAGAUAAUUUAAAGCUAAAACGUGAUAAUAAAAGUCCUUUGUGUAUAGUUAUAGAACCAUCAAAAGAAUUAGCUUAUCAAACAUAUGAGCAAUUAAUUCAAUUUAGUAAAUAUUUAAAAUCUCCAACAAUCAAAAAUGUUAUUAUUUCUGGUGGAAUAAAAGAAAAAGAACAAGAUAAUGCUACUAAAAAUGGUUUAGAUAUAGUAACAUGUACUUUGGGUAAAUUUAUUGGUAUGAUAGAAAUGGGAAAAAUAAAUUUAUCUUUUGUUAAAUUUUUUGUUCUUGAUGAAGCUGAUAGUUUGGUGUCUGGAACAAAUAAUCAAAUGGCAACAAUAAAAAAAUUAUAUGGAAAGAUGGUUGAGGGAAAUGGAGGAGUUGGAAGAUUACAAAUGAUUGUCUGUUCAGCAACUCUUCAUAAUCCAAUGAUAGAUAGAAUAGCUAAUGAGAUGAUGUCUUUUCCACAAUGGGUUGAUUUAAAAGGUCAUGACUCUGUUCCAGAUACUGUUCAUCAUGUUGUUGUUAUGGUAAAUCCAAUUGAGGAUCAAAGUUGGAUUAGAUUACGUUCACCAAAAGGAUUUCCAAAUAUUUUAACUGAUGGAGUACAUAGAAAAAAUGAUAUAAGACCAGGAAGUACUGAUAAAGAAACACUUUCUGAAGGAAUAAAAAUAUUAAAAAUGGAGUAUUGUGCUAUUGCUAUUGAAAAACUUCAAAUGGAACAAUGUAUAAUAUUUUGUAGAACUAAAUUAGAUUGUGAUAAUUUAGAAAAAUUUUUAAAAUCUAAAAAUCCAUCAUUUACAUGUGCUGUAUUACAUUCAGAUCGAUCCCCUGAAGAAAGAAAUGCUAAUCUUUUAAAAUUUAAAGAAAAAGCUGCUCGUCUAUUAAUUUGUACAGAUGUUGCUGCUAGAGGUAUAGAUGUAUCAGGAUUACCUUACGUCAUAAAUUUAACAUUACCAUCAGUUGAUGAUAAAGCUAAUUAUGUUCAUAGAAUUGGAAGAGUAGGAAGGUCUGAGGUAAUGGGAUUAGCUAUAUCAUUUGUUGGAACUAAAGAAGAAAAAGUUUGGUAUCAUGGUUGUCCUUCAAGGGGUAAAAAUUGUAAUAAUAGAGAAUUAACAAGUAGAGGAGGAUGUACAAUAUGGUUUGAUGAGAUGAAUAGUUUGCGAGAGAUUGAAGAACACUUGGGAGAGACGAUAUCACAGAUAACGACUGACUUUGAGAUACCAAAAAAUACAUUUGAUGGUAAAGUAGUAUAUGGAGCUAAACAAACAGGCUCAUAUACAUGUCAAUUUUCUCAUGCAAUAGAAUUGACAGGGAUUUGCCAGAAACUUUUUGAAUUAGAAAGAAAUGUUCAAUUAAAUUAUUUAAAUUUGUUUUGUAAUACUCCUACGACGGUUGUAGAAAAAUAA